AUGUCAGGAAUAUCAAAGAUUCAAAAGCGAACAAGGAUGCCUACCUGCACACUAUGUGCAAAUCAUGGAAUUAGGUCACCCUUGAAAGGUCACAAGUAUGAGUGUGAAUUCAGCGAUUGUGAAUGCAAACUGUGUGAUCAGGGCAGGGAAAGACGUGAAGUUAUGAGAAAACAAGUGAAACUACGUAGACAUCAAAUGAAGAGAUAUGACGSCCUGACAUCGGGAUCGAAAGAAGGUGUAAUUAAGUGUGAUGCUUCUUCUCAAAGAACAGCUCCAGUAAUGUAUUCUCAGCGUCCUCAUCCUCAAGGAGCACACCAUAACAUUAGUCCAGGAUGUCCUUAUCCAACUUUACCACCACGCGUCAAUUUCCCUCAGAGAAACAACAGACCACUUCCCUACUACAUAAACAUGUCUCCAGUACUACCAGGGAUUUUAACUUCUCCGAAAAACAACAGCCCUGUACAUCACAUUCGCCCUGUCAUCGCAGGAAGGCUCAGUGUUUCAGAUAACAGCGCUUUUGACAGGAUUUUGCCRCAUUCAAAUUCGAAUCACUGGUCGUGUGAGGUCAACGAUUCUAAGGAAGCAGCUUAUACACUAGCAGCUUUGCAGCAAAAGAUUUCAUUCAAUAUUCAUUGACAAUAUUUGGCUCCUAUC